UUUGUGCCUUUGCUAUGAGUUUAUAUACAUUGCUGAACGUAAUAAAAUAUAUGAAUAAUUUUGCUGAAGCUCUAAUACCAACAAGUUAUAUAAUAGGAUAUGAGGUUGGUAUUUUCAUCUUAUCUUUUACGGGGCAAUUAGUGAUAAACCAUUCUGAUGAAUUAUUUAACGCACUAUACAUGUCAUUAUGGUACGAAGCACUUAUAACAAUACAAAAAUCAUUAUUGUUUAUAAUGAUUAUCUCUAAGAAAAGCUUAAUAGUGAACCUUGGCGGUAUAUAUGUUAUAACAAUGGAAACCUUCACAUCGAUCACGAGCAAGUCAAUAUCCGUUCUGAUGGUAUUUCUUUCCAUACCAUAAGUUGAUGAUAUAAAGCAAAAAAAGUAACCAUUCAUAUUGAUGUACACAUAAUAAAAAUUUUCUACAGCAAAAUAGAGAAAUAAGAUAUAAUUUAAUUAAACAAGAUAAUAGUGUAUGUGUUAUUUAUUCAUUAAUAGAUAAAAAAAA